UACUGGCAGAUGCCUGUUUUGGUAUUCACUAUUUUUGGUGUAAUGCUAAAUGCAACUGUUUUUCGAAUUAUAAAUGUUAUUUUUUACUUUUUGUUUGACAUAAACAAGUAGUUCAGCUUGUGAUCUACUAUGUUGACAGAACCUUAUUAAAAAUAAAUUAUCAGUUUGACGUUUGCAAAUUUAUGCCAGCGACGCAAGCGGUUUAUCAUGAAAUGGUUUUGGAGGACUUUAAAACGAUCCCAAUUGGCCGUGGAAGACUUAACCGUGGACAAAUAUUGGGGAGCUGUCAACGUUUGGAACACAAAACCCCAUUUGUUGAUCAGACAUUUGAUGGGCGCCGAACGGUUGUUCCGGUGUUCGCUCAAAGCCGAUUCGACCGACCUGCUGAGUUUAGUAACCGAUCUACCCGUCGAUUGGUAUGAAGAGCCCGACAAGUUAAAUCGUCUCGGUUUAAGCGGUGGCGACGAUAUCAUCGUAGAAGUAUGGAAACUCUUGACCAAAAAACCCGCCGACUGGAAUGAUUACCUACGACUGAGCAUCCUCGACACUUCAUCUUGUACAGCUGUGUUUUACGAUUUUACGCCUAAAAGCGGCAACGUUCUAGAGCCGUAUGUGUAUAGUAUCAGUUUCGUCGACGGACAGUUAGAACUAAAACUGGGCACACUUGAGAAUAAACCGGAGAUACAUGAAAAAUCAAUGUUCUGGUUGACCGAACUAUUCUUGCCCAAGUUUACGAAUUGGGCUACCAACGAUAAAGGGUCAAAGUCUACAAUAGCGUCGUUGUCCCAAGUUUGCGUUAAGGAAUACUGUCAUUUGUACAACCGGCUAAAAGAAAAAUACGCAAAAGCGUUGAUGAAAGUUUGGACCGAAGUGACGGAUCCAAAAAAGUACAUACCCAAAGACAUAGCCACGGCCACGUACCUGAUAUUGUUGUGGGACAAAACGAAGCCCACCUUUGUCGACAUGGGUUGCGGUAACGGCCUGCUCGUACACAUAUUGAAUAGCGAAGGAUAUCCCGGAUUUGGUGUCGAUCUCAGGUCUAGAAACAUGUGGGCCCAAUACCCAAAAACUACAGUUUUAAAAGUUACUAGCGUGGACCCGUCAUCGCCCGAAUGCAAAUUUCCUGAAGCCGAUUGGAUCAUCGGUAACCACUCCGACGAGCUGUCCCCGUGGAUUCCAGUCGUCGCUUCUCGUAGUAAUUACAACUGCAAGUUCUUUUUGCUUCCGUGUUGCACUUUCGAAUUGGACGGCUCACGUUAUCAACGCCGAGACUCGUCGCUCAGUCAAUACCACGAUUACCUCAGAUACUUGGAAACGACCAGCGCGGACGUGUAUAAAUUUAACGUGUCAGUCGAUCGCUUGCGCAUACCGUCCACCAAGCGUACGUGCUUGAUCGGUCGUGCCAAGGACUACGAGGAAUGGCAGUUUGAACAAGUCGUGGAGACGGUGGAAAAUUUCGCUAAAUCCAAGUUUGGUGACGACGUCAAGUUUGUGCCGAGACCCGCAGAGGAGAAGGUCAGGAAUUGUACUAGGCUCGACCGAGACUUGGUCAGCAGCGUAGUCGACAGUGUCGUGGGCGUUUUGACGAGACACGAGAACAGCGGUUGGACGUGUCGAGUCGGCCUUGAAGAACUGGCCAAAGAGAUAGGCGGAGAGAGACUGAAGAAGCUGAAAAAUGAAUGCGGUGGCUUACAGACGUUACUGAGGAAUCACAGGUUUAUAUUUGUCGUCGAAAAAGGAAGUGUCGGAUUUAGAAAACCGGUAAAGAACGUCGGCAAGGUAUGGAAGAAACACAAAUGUUGGUUCUACCACAAUUUCCCAGCCAAGUGUCCGCUCGACGAUUCCGAAUGUUGCAACAUACAUUGAUACGAAAAACGACAAACGCACGACUCGUCUUCCAACGUUGUAAUUUGUAUUUUCUAUUGCAAUACAGCUGUUUUUGUUUUUA